AAUAAUACACCCAGAUCUUCUUUCACCUCAACCUUCAAGAACCCGAUCCCCCCAUAGAAAAAAAAAAUACAGCAAAAAAGUAUUUUCUUGGGUCAAUUCUUGAGUUAUUUUUCUGCUAUGCAUCAAGAAUUGGAGCGGUCAGUGUAGCAGAAAAGAAGCACUAGUUCAGAGAAUAGAGCAUAGGGAGGGUCAGCGGUUCGUUUUCACUGGAAAAUCCCAAAAAGGUAGGCAAGUAAGAAGAUGGGAAGGAGCUUAAGCCCAAUAGUGAGGAAGGAGUUGGAGAAUCUUGACAAGGAUGCUGACAGUAGGAAGUCAGCCAUGAAAGCCUUGAAGUUGUAUGUGAAAGAUCUUGAUUCCAAGGCAAUCCCUCUCUUCCUAGCUCAGGUGUCCGAGACAAACAAGGAGGGCGGUAAAUGUGCAUCGCCAGCUGGCGAAUACGCCAUCUCGCUGUACGAGGUUCUUGCCCGCUUCCACGGGCCCAAAAUCGUCCCUCAGAUCGACAACAUCAUGUCCACCAUCAUCAAGACCUUGACUUCGAGCGCGGGCUCGUUCCCUCUCCACCAAGCCUGCGCGAAAGUGGUCCCGGCCAUUGCGAGGUACGGGAUGGACCCCACCACUCCUGACGAGAAGAAACGCCACGUCAUCCGCUCCCUCGCGAAGCCGCUCACGGAUUGUCUUUUGGGUAGUCAUGAAAACCUCUCCUCUGGGGCUGCCCUAUGCCUUAAGGCCCUUGUGGACUCUGACAAUUGGCGAUUUGCCUCAAAUGAGACAGUCAACGAGGUGUGUCAGUGCGUCGCAGGGGCUCUGGAGAAGCACGGCCAGACCAACACCCACAUGUCUUUGGUCACCUCUUUGGCUAAACACAACAGUUUAACAGUUGAGGCUUACGCGAGGCUGUUAAUCCGAUCUGGAUUGAAUAUAUUGAAAUCCGUGAACGGGGAAUGCAAUUCUCAAAAACGUUUGUCUGCUGUUCACAUGAUAAACUCUCUGAUGAGGUAUCUUGAUCCAAGAAGCAUACUGUCUGAGGUUAGGGUGGUGAUUGAGGAGAUGGAAAUGUGCCAAUCUGAGGAUAAGAUGCUCUAUGUUAGAGGGGCUGCAUUUGAGGCACUUCAAAUGGCCAAAAGGAUAAUGCACUUUGAGAAAGGGUCUUCAAGAACUGAGAAUGACGUAGCCUCAGUCACUGACUCUAAUUUUGACAGCCAAGAGUAUACCAAGAGGAGGAUCACGUUUGGUUCGGGUGAUAGUUCACCCGAUUCCCCUGAAUCACGGACCAUUGAUUCUUUUCUCGGGUUUAAUUCCUCCGGGGAUAUGAGUGACGGUCGUAGGAGCGCAAGUAGGAAACUUUGGAGAAGGCGCGACAAUGGUGGUGUCGAUGUUUCUCUCAAAGAUGGGAUCUUUUCUGAAGCCACUAAAUGUUAUAAUGACAUCCAGAACUCUGACAGUGAUCGAUUUUCUAACAAUGGUGGAGAUUAUGGUGAUGGGUUUACAGGGUUUUUUCCAGGGAUGGGUCGCAAUGGUUUUGCUAGGAGUGCCACUCCAAGCCCUCAGAGGUCGCGAUCCUAUAUAACCCCAGACAAUGUAGCCAUCUUCACAACUCCAAGAAAGCUCAUACACUCACUUCAAGAUGCACAGUACAGCAGCAGCCAUGGCUCAUCUGGAAAGCAAAGCAGAAGAAGGUAUAAGAGCCUCUCUGCAAGUGAAUUGGAGUGGAGCCCAGCCAAGUACAUAGAAAGCUGCCUCUUGGAUGCCCCAAAAAAUGGCAAUGACAACCCAUUGUAUGUUGGCAACGAAGAACCUUAUGAUCAUCAUCAAAACUCUGAAUCUGUAUCUUCUGCUGAAGAGGUCUCCCCUGAACCAAAACCUGAAAACUUCACAGACAAUGAUGAUGGCUCUGGGAAAGAAACACCAAAACCCGGGUUUUAUGUUCUGAAACUCAAGAAGAAAUCUGUGAGGGCACUUACGAUUUGCAGCAUCUUGAUUGUUCUGUUGGCUGUUCUUAUGCUUCCGUGGAUCAACGAAGAACAGCAUGGGUACAAUCUUGUUCCUACCUGAGUUUUGCUGCAUUAGUAUUUGUGUGACUUAGUAUUUGAAUGGUAUGAUUAGGUUGUAGUAGUCGUAGUAGUGCCUAUACGCGUAGUAGUGCCUAAACGCGUUAUUGAACUUUUUGUUAUUCUGUGCCAUGAUUUCUACUUCAGGUAGAAUCUGGUCUUGUACCUGACAAUUGUUGUUAUGUUCUUCAGAGGAAUGUGUUCUUCAUGUUUGACAUAUUGUAGAGCAUGUGUAAACAUGCUAUUCUAUUUGUCCUCUUACUUUGAGGGUCCACU